AGGCGAAAGAAAUAAAGCACGACGUGACGAAUGGAUACGACUAAUUGGACGAGACACAUUGCCUAAAAAGGCUUAUGUUUGUGAGGUGCAUUUUGAUAGCGAACAGUUCGAAAGCCAACGAACAGAUGGAAGGAAAUUGCUUCGCCAAAAUGCAAAACCAAACCUUUUGGAAAAACACACUAGAGAAUGCCGAGCAGCUAGAUUUACCAGAAGCUACAAAACCAGAAAAUGCCGAGCAGCUAGAUUUACCAGAAGCUACAAAACCAGAAAAUGCCGAGCAGCUCGAUCUACCAGAAGCUACAAUACAUUCGAAUGAAGUGGAAAAUAUAGAAUCUUAUAAAGAUGUGGAGAUAACGGCAUAUACCACAGCAAGCAAUGUGAAAGAAUCACAGCAUUGCACAAACACGGCAAGAAUCACUGCAUCAAACUGUAAAACAUAUGAUGAAAAAUAUGUUACUAAGUUGAGGAAAACGUUGAAGAAGAUGGUGCAGCGAAACAAAAUUAUGAAAAGAAAAUUGCGAGAAAAAGAUGCGAGGUUAAAAAAGAUCUUCAAUGACGAUAAUAUUGAUGAGGAAUUAUGGGAUGAACCAUUAUAUUCGCCAUUAAUUGGAAACGAAGAUAGCCUUAAUGAUGUAACGCAAAACUCUCUAUACCACUUAAUAGGUGCCUUAUUAUGUAAAAUAAAAAAAAUUUCAAACAUUGCGAUAAAUGUUUCAACGUUCUUCUUGCAGAUUGUCACGAUGCUAAUAAUAACCUAAGCUAUUACACAACAUUACGACAGUAUAAGAAUAACGUUUUACUUUUUCCAACCACUGAUGUAUUUAAUAUUAUGUAUAAGUGCGAGUUAUCAUUUCGAAAAAACGAGACAAAAAUACUGUCAAAUUUAUUACCAGUUACCGAAUUUGUUGAUGCAUUUUUAAGCAAUAAUCCAACAUUAUCGAUUCCGUCGUGCCAUAAUAUAAUGACUAAAUUGAUUAAAACUUUUGUUACAGCACGAAUUCACUUUUCUUUAAAAAAAAACCAUCUUAACGAGGCAAAUGCCAACAAUAGUCGUAGCGUUGCCAUGAAAUUAUCUGUAACAAAUGUUAGGUGUUAUACUAAUAAAAAAAGUAACAAACA